AUGGGUGGCUUUCUCAAAGUGGUUGAGGACCGUCCAACUCCGCCAGCAGUAUACAAUUGGAGAAUCUACAGUUGCUCUUUGCUCGCCAGCUUUGCGGCUAUAGCUAUUGGCUAUGACUCGUCUUUCAUCGGUACAACGAUUUCCCUUGAAUCGUUUGUUCGAGACUUCAACUUCAACCAAUACUCUUCCAGUGGACUGGCGAAGCUAAAGGAAGAUAUUGUUUCUGUCUACCAGGCGGGCGCUUUCUUCGGCGCCUUGGCUGCAUACGUCUGCAGCUACUUAUUGGGCCGCAACAAAUCCCUGCUUAUAUUUCUCCUGGUAGCUAGUCUCGGCGCAGCUCUCAACUGUGGUGCAAAGGGUGCAGGCGACCUUGGACUUAUCAUUGGCGGUCGUGUUCUUACGGGUUGGGGCAUUGGCGGAUGCUCCAGCUUGGUGCCCAUCUACCUGUCAGAGCUCUCUCCACCUGGUAUUCGUGGCAGGCUUGUUGGGUUUUGGGAGCUUGCCUGGCAGCUUGGAACCGUGGCUGGCUUCUGGAUCAGCUAUGGCGUUAAUCAGACGUUGGCGCCGACUCGGAAGCAAUGGGUUAUCCCCUUCGCCAUCCAACUCAUUCCAGUUGGUUUACUGUUCUUCGGCGUCUUCUACCUUCCUGAGUCCCCGCGAUGGCUCCUUGCCAACGGACAGCGUGAUAAAGCUAUCAAGAAAUUGACAUGGUUGCGGAAACUAGAGGCUGAUGACAUCUACAUUGUCGAAGAGAUAGCCUUCAUCGACGCUGAGAUCGAGCGACAUAAGAGUGAAGUUGGUGUUGGUUUCUGGAAACCCUUUGCUGCCUUGAAGCAGAGGCGAAUUCAAUGGCGUUUUCUCAUCGGCGGCUUGCUCUUCAUGUUCCAGAACGGGAGUGGAAUCAAUGCAAUGAACUACUACAGCCCUACAGUUUUCCAGUCAAUUGGUAUCCACGGACAAUCAACGUACCUACUGACAACGGGCGUUUGGGGCAUUGUCAAGAGUACCGAGUGUCUAGUUUGGCUCUUCUUCUGCAUUGACCGUUUUGGCAGACGCAACCUUUUGCUCUGGGGAUCUUUAGGGUGCUCCCUUUGCAUGUGGUACUUGGGUGCUUACAUCAAGAUCGCUAGUCCGGAUAACAAUACCGCUCAGGAUUCCCCGUCUGGCGGUGGAAUUUCUGCCAUUUUCUUCUUUUUCCUGUGGACAUUGCCAUACCAACUCAGUUGGGCGGGAAAUUCUUGGGUCAUCAACGCAGAGUUGUUUGAUCUUAAUACCCGGAUCCCAGUUGUCACUAACCUUCAAGAUGUCAGUGCACUCGGUCAAGCAUCAGCUGCUGCCAAUAACUGGUUUUGGAAUUUCCUCAUUUCCCGCUUCACCCCUAGUAUGUUCCUCGCCAUGGGAUACGGUGUUUACUUCUUCUUCGCUUCCAUGAUGCUUCUUGGUAUCGUGUUCGUGUGGUUUUGCAUUCCAGAGACAUCCAAUAUCCCCCUCGAAAAAAUCGACCGACUCUUUGAAACCAAAUCUGUACGCACAGCGAACGCCGUAGUCCUGGAGGAGAUUAGGGCUGAGCAAGAGGAGUUCCGGAACCGGGAUAAGCAGAGCAUUGAUGCCGAGGCUAAGGACGGAGCGACAGCCCAUCUCGAGGUUAAGGUAUAA